AUGCCCCGACCGUGCCCCUCGCUAGUGUCGUCAUUGGACCUAACCCUGUUCUACCAGCUCGCGGAGAACGACAUGCUUGUCGAUGAUUAUGAUCAAUACCCUGCUGAAAAGACCGAUGUCGUCGUCGUAUCCCGGUCGGGGUCCGACGAACCUGAAUCCGCACCGACCGCAGAUGACCACGCGGCGAUGAUGGCAAAGGUCCUCCCCAAGAAUCCGGAUCUCGAAACCUUAGAUGAGGUCCACAACUCAUGGCGCUUAUCAGACUGGCGGAAUAUGGAUCGCAAAUCACACGGACCCAUCUUCCGAUGUGGUGAAUCCCCGUGGCGCAUCCUCUUUUUCCCAUACGGCAACCAGACCGAAUUCGCCUCGUUUUACCUUGAACAUGCGUGGGAGAAUGGACCCCCGGAGAACUGGUACGCCUGUGUGCAAUUCGCACUUGUGUUGUCAAAUGUGAACGAUCCUUCCAUUUAUACACACCAUGUUGCAACCCACCGUUUCACUGCCGAGGAAGGGGACUGGGGUUUCACUCGGUUCGCUGACCUCAAAGGUCUGUUUAGCCGUGCGUGGGAGGGAAAAUCUGUUCCAUUGGUGCAAGAUGAUGAGGCAAUUGUCACGGCCUACGUUCGUGUAGUGAAAGAUCCUACGGGUGUCUUGUGGCACAGUUUCCAGAAUUACGACUCGAAGAAGGAGACUGGAAUGUCGCUCUAUUUCACAAACGCUUUCCGCAAGGCCGUAUACCAAAUACCGACUGAACAGGAAGCUACGCGUGAGAACAGCGCGUGGGCCCUCCAGAGAUUAUUUUACAAUCUGCAGACCAGUGAUACUGCUGUUGGUACAACCGAGCUCACCGCAUCUUUUGGCUGGCAAUCCAGCCAAAUCUUUGAACAGCAAGAUGUACAGGAGCUCUCACGAAAGCUCAUGGAACGAUUGGAACACAAGAUGAAGGGCACCGUUGCAGAAAAAGUCCUGCCCGAUCUGUUCGUCGGAAAAACAAAAACGUAUAUUUCUUGCAUCAAUGUCGAUUACGAGUCUUCUCGCGUGGAGGACUUCUGGGAUAUUCAACUCAACGUUCGAGGUAACAAGACCUUAGACGACAGCUUCAGGGAUUACAUUCAGGUUGAGACGUUGGAGGGGGAGAACAAGUACGAAGCUGGACAGCCAUAUGGUCUGCAAGACGCUAAGAAGGGCUAUGACCUUAACCUGGACAUGAUGGCCAAGGUCAAUGAUUAUCACACAUUCCCUAUGGAGUUCGAUGCGGCUCCUUAUCUUUCGGAGAGCGCCGACAAGUCGGAAUCCUGGGUAUACCAAUUGCAUGGUGUUCUCGUCCACAGUGGUAACCUCGAUGCCGGGCAUUACUAUGCUUUCAUCAAGCCCACCAAGGAUGGACACUGGUACCGCUUUGAUGAUGACCGAGUCAACCGAGCUACCGACAAAGAAGUCCUAGAUGAGAACUACGGAGACAACCAGCAGCGUACGAACGGAGUAUCUGGAGGACGAUCCGCUAUCCGCACAAACAAUGCCUACAUGUUGGUUUACGUCCGAAAGACGAAGCAGGAUGAUGUAUUCUUCCCGGUCACAAAGGACGAUGUGCCCUCUCACAUUGAAAAACGUAUGUCCGAGGACCGGGCGGAGAUGUUGCGUCGGAAGAAGGAGAAAGAAGAGGCGCACCUUUACAUGAACGUCGGCGUCCUUAACGAAGAUGCGUUCCGAAACCACCAUGGCUUCGAUCUGACCAGCAAUGAUCUACCCGCGGAUGAUCCGGCCCUUCCCACGCAAUACAAGAUUCUUCGGGCGAAGCAGGUCAGUGAAUUUGCACAGGAAAUUGCCGAAGAAAGAGGUCUCAAGCCAGAAGCAAUUCGAUUCUGGGUCAUGGUCAACCGUCAGAACAAGACAACGCGACCUGAUCAGGUGAUCCGCGAUCAGGAAAUGACCGUCGAGGAGGCGUACAACAAAUUCGGCACUAAAGGCCAAUCCUUCCGCUUGUGGAUGGAGGUAGCACCGACUGGCGCAGACGGACAACCUACUCCAUGGCCCGAAAGUGACUCGAUCCUCAUUUUCCUCAAAAACUUUGACAUUGCAGCCCAGACCUUGACUGGUGUUUGCUCUGUCUACGUUCGCAAGAGCCAGAAGGUGAGCGAGCUGGCUCCCACAAUCCUUUCCAAGAUGGAUUGGCCCGCCGGUACAGAGUUCAUGCUGUACGAAGAGAUCAAACAUACCAUGAUAGACGUUAUGAAACCCAAGCAAACGUUCCAACAAUCUGAAAUUCAGGACGGCGACAUCAUUACCUUCCAGCGCACAAUCAAGGAGUCCGAACUGCCACCCUCAGCACUUUACACAGACGCUCGGCAAUUCUACGAUUACCUUUUGAACCGCAUGGAAGUUCAGUUCGCCCCGAUCAAGACCAAUGAAGGGGAGACUUUCUACUUGACUCUCAGCCGCAAGAUGACCUAUGACCAAUUUGCCAAAAAGGUUGGGGAACAUCUCAAGGUAGAUGAGACUCAUCUUCGAUUCGCACCCGUGAUGGCCAGUACUGGCAAGGCCAAGCCUUUCUUGAAACGAAACAUCAAUCAGAAUCUCUCACAAAUCCUUAAUGGUCAAUAUGGUGCCUACGGGUACACCAUGCACCGAGCAGAUGCUUUGUACUACGAGGUAUUGGACAUGAGUUUGACUGAUUAUGAGAGUAAGAAGUGCUUCAAAAUCGCAUGGCUGACCGAUGGCAUCAGCAAAGAGGAGAUCGUUGAAAUCUUGGUUUCCCGCAGCGGCACCGUGGCAGAUCUUCUGGCUGCCUUGCGGCAGAAGUUGGAACUGGGCGAUGAGCCGAUCCGGGUCGCGGAAACACAUAGUGGAAAGGUCUAUAAAGAGCUUCGGGAAGAGCAAAAUGUGGCUGCCAUAAACGAAUACGCCACACUCUAUGCCGAAAAGAUCCCAUCGGAAGAAUUGACUAUGGACACCGAUGACCGCCUGAUUAGCGUGUUUAGCUUCGAUCGUGAACCCAACCGAACUCACGGAAUUCCCUUCAAAUUUGUUGUGAAGCCUGGAGAACUUUUCGCGGAGACGAAGAAACGCCUUUCCGCCCGCACACACAUCAAGGGCAAAAACUUCGAGAAGAUCAAGUUCGCUGUGGUUCCCCGGACAUCCUUCUCUAAUGCCAAGUAUCUUGAAGAUGGUGAUAUCUUGUCAGACGUAGCAGCUGGGGCUGAUGACUUCCUGGGUCUUGAUCACCCCAACAAGAGCCGGAGCUUCUGGGGCAAGAGUGAUGGAUUCUCCAUCCGUUGA